AUGGCAUUGAGCUUGAUAAACAAUGAACGUGGAACCAUGAUGACUUCCUCACUGGCACAAAAACAGCGCAGGGUUGGUCUCCAACAAAUAAUCGAUUUGGAAGCGAAAGAGUCCACUCUGAGUGAUACACCUAUUCCCAAGAGACUGUACAAACUAUUUGACAAGGCUGGAAAAAGUGAGGCUUGUUAUCAACCAGGGACGCUGUGGGUUAAACAUCUCCAUGACAACGAAUUACGGUCAACUCGCCGACGAUGCGAUGAUAUGCAGGCACUUAGUGAGACUCAUGCACCUCAUCUCUUUUACAUCCUCAUCAGUACAAUAGUGAGUGCAGAUGGACAUGCCACCAGUGAGAGGCAUUCACAUUUACAGCAGCAAAGAAUAGUUGUACUACUUCACAUAUUGACUUACUUUAGAUCCCAGAAAACGUCACAACUCCAAAAAUAA